CAAUUCUUGUAUCUCUCUACUCGAUCUCCAUUUGCCGAUCUUCGAAGCGGAACUGUGGCCAGUGACGAGCGAGAAGAGAAGAUCUAUCAGGGGUUUCGAGAAGCAUGGCAGGAGCUGGAACAUCGAUGCUGGGGUCUCUUCUUGUGUUUACAGUGAUCCUCUCGCUUCAAGAGAUUUACAGAGGGAAGUUAGCUUCAACAGAGCUGUUCACGAUCCUAGGUGGAUUCACCAGCUCUCUCCUCUUUUUGUUUUCUCUCACUUUCAUUGGAAAUUUCCAGGAAUCUUCUGGCAUCAAGAGUGGUUGGGGUGCAGUCAUCCUUGCCGAAAUCAUUGCUCUUAUCGCUGCUAGCACGGUGCAUCGGGUUUGUAUUACAACCUGUUUUUUGUUCUCUGCUGGGCUAUUGUACGAGAUGAACAAGAUCUCUGGAUACAUGCUAUCCAAAACCGACUCCAAGUCUAAGAGACACUGAACCAGAUAAUGUAAUAGGUUUAUUCUGGAAUUUAGAUUUUGUUUGGCACUAGAAGAUGCAAGAACACUUCCAACUUCAUGAACUGGGAUUCUUAGAAACCUUGAAUUCGAGAUCCUCAUCUUAUAGUUGAUGUGACUUUUUUGUUGUCUUUGCAUCUUAUAAUCGUAGAAAGAUCAUGUUGUUAGUUGUGCUUAUGUU